AUGUCACGAUACGCGGCAGAAGAUACAUCCGAGUCGCUCCCCAACCGCGAGGGCGGCGUUGGGCCCACAUCAGCGGAAAUCACUUCCGCAUGGCUUCCGCCAUCGCCAUCCGCCGUGCGCAGCCCGCACGCGGAAGUGGUUCGGCGGAAGGCUACCUCGUCGAAGGACAUGGACAAGGAGUGGGGCGAUGACCCCGCGCACAUCGCUGACGAGUGCGCGGAAGGGGAAGGCGCAAUCACCGCCGACGAAUGCGCGGAAUCACCGCGCACGCUAACGAAUGCGCGGACGGGGAAGGCGCAAUGUGCGGGCGGGUUAUUCCGCCUCUUGCGCGGGGGGGGAAAUGCAGCCCGCGAACCAGGCGCUUCCGCGAAUGCCCCUUCUGCGCGCUCUUCCGGCGACCUUUUCCGCUUCCGCCGCGCGCGGGGCGAGAGGCGGUCGAUGUCGUGGGAGAAAGCUCCCGCCGAUAUCCGCGGAGAUGAUGAAAGCGCCAGAAACGCACCAGAAAAGAGAGGAGCCGCGGAAAGCACGCGGGAAGAAGCAAGACGCGGCGGAGGGCGAACUUCCCCGGCGGGGAACGCAGCAGGAUCCGGGGAAACCCGCGGCUCACGCGCCAUCCGUGUACCAGAAUCGCCGUCGAAUGCGGAGAGGGGAUUCUUGUCAACUGACGGAGCGUCAGCGGCCGCUGGUGGACACGUGGAUGAUGACGUGUCCAACUUUGCGGGCUUUUCCUCGUCCUUCGAGUCUGGUAUAGGGCGCGGCGCGGAAGCAUCCGUUUCUACCUCGCCGAAGCCAUUACCAGCCCCGAAGGACAAACCGCCGCCUUCAGAUACAGCUUCUCUUGCUUCCGCCUUCCCCCGUUCUCCCGCCUCCUCUACCUCUUCCGCGGCUCGUCCUCGUUCCGCAUCCACCACCUCUUCCGCGGCGUUCCCCGCCUCUUCCGCCUCGCCGCAUUCGCCCGCGCCCGCCGGGCGGCGUAUGGCGCGCUCCGCGUCCGUCAAUGAGCGUUCCCCCGACAUGAGUGGGUAUUCCGGACACAUCCUUCCGCCUCGGCGGAGUCUCACUGCGCAAAGAACUUCCGCCAAUGGGGACGACAUUUCCCCUUGGUCCGCCGCUUCCCCGCAAUUCGACGCUUCCCCUUCCGCAGCAACGAGAUCUCCGCGUAACGCCGCGCAUAGAGCCGGUAAUCUUAACGGCGACGACAACGACAACGACGAAGGCGCGGUGAUGGCGCGGCCCGUGCAGCAGAAAGGCGCAAAACGAGGAGGUUCCGCGGAUCUUGCGCCGUCCGCGGAGGCGCAGCUGGUGGCAGCGGCGGCGAAUAUGCUCCGUGGAUUGGGCAGCCGGGCGCAGCCGACCGGGGGGAGCGGAGGCGCGGAAAAUCGGAGUUUACACCGCGUCGCUUCCCCCACUGGAAGCGCUGCUGCUGGAAGGGUUUUUCCUCACGAGCGGCAAGGCAGCUUACAACGAGGCUGCUUACAGCGAAGCGGUGCUCGCAGCGGCAGCAGUAACAGCAGCAGCGCGAACAGCAGCUUUAAAGAGAGAUCCAGCUCUAAGAAUGGCGGCGGCGGCGAAGGUGGUCCUGGGGGUGCAUCCGCGAUAAGGAGGUUCUCGUUAGAGGUGCGGGAGCGGCUGAAGCAGCUGCAGGUGUCGUUUGAUGAUUCCGCGCCCGGGACUCACUCCGAUCAUGCGAGUCCUUUUGACGAGGGUGCUUAUAACGAGAGUGCUUGUACCGAAGGUACUGAUGGCGAAUGGGGGCGGCUGAAUCCUACGGGGCAGGUUGAAGCUGCAGCGGCGCAUGCGGCUUCAAUGAACGCUCAUGUGUUGGAAAACGCUCCUAUGCUCUCCCCGCCACCCUCCCCCUCCGCCGCCUCCCACAAACCCUCCCCCCAAUCCCACUCCUCAUUCUCCCCCCAUGCGUCCCCCCACUCUCCCGCCUCCUCCUUCCCCAUCCACGCCCGAAUUCCUUCACCAUCCUCCUCCCCUUCAAGCCAACACAAGCCAAUCCCUGCCAUAUUCUCCCGCCCUUCCCCUAUUACCACCCCCCCGCUUCACCCUCCUGCCCCUUUCGCCCUGCUCGCCUCCUCCCCCACUCACUCCCCCACCUGCGCCUCCCCCUUCCCCUCCGCCCCCUCCCCCACCUGUCCCCCCGUAUCCCCCUCCAAGCCUCCGCGCUCCCCCACCUCUUCCCCCGGGCUCUCCCCCUCUUCGUCCCACCACUUUCACCGCGCCUCCUCUAUCCGCCUCCCCAUCCCCCUCCCCCCGUCCUCUUUCCAGGACCCCCUUCCUUCUCCAAAUCUCCCUCACUCAGUCGCUUCCUGCCCUGAUUGCACCCACCGCUACCCCUCCUUUGGCCUUAGCCAUAUCUCCCCUUCUUCCCUGCCCCGCCACGAGUCGCCCUCAAGUAUCAGUGGUAUGGGAAUGGGAACAGGCAUGGGGGGAGGUAUGGGGGCAGGUACGGGUAUGGGCACAGGUGUGGGCAGUGGUAUAGAAAUGGGUAUGGUUACAGGCGCCAACGCCAUCACCAACCGAAGAAAUAACCCCCAAGCAAGAGGAACUCUCCACACUCCUUCUCCCCCUUUCUCACCUUUCCACCCUCUCAUUGCUUCUCCUGAAGAGAGUGUGGCGGGAACGGGUACAAACCAGACCCUACGGGCGUUUACACGGUCCCAGAGUGCGGAUUGCGUGGAGGGAUCGACAGCUUUGGAGGAGACAGGAGUGAGGGUGCAGGCAGGGAAUGAACGGCGGUUCGUGCGGAGAAAUUCGGUCGAUGGAGGCUCCUUUGGGGGCCCUUUGGGGGCACGGAUGGGUUAUGCUGCGCUGGCAUCGCACGGGAGGGGUGCUAGGAGCCCUAUCAAGUCGUGCAUAUCCCCGGCGAACGGGUCUGGAGGAGCGAAGCUGAGGAAACAGGUGUCGUUCAACAAGGUCGUGCAGGUGCGGAGGUUCACGUCUUGCGACGCCAGCCCUGAAUACUACUGA